AUGGAGUUGAACGAAGCGGUCUCGUUGUGGUUAGCUUACCGUCGCUGGAAGAGACAGAAACGGAGGGAAAAUAGAAUGUACUUAGCAACUGGCUGUUAUUUUGCUGACUUACAUUAUGCCUAUAGAUUAGGAAAAUCAACUGUAAUUGACAUCGUUCAAAAAACUGUGUAUGUUAUUUGGAAUAAGUUAAAAGAUAUAGUAAUGAAAGAACCUUCGACAGAAGAGUGGAUGGAAAUUGCAAGAGGAUUCGAAAAAUAUACACAUUUUCCUAAUUGCAUUGGAGCAGUUGAUGGGAAACAUAUUACAAUUAUAAAACCUUUAGAUUCCGGCUCUAUGUUCUACAAUUAUAAACAUUUUUUUUCGACUGUGCUGCUUGCCAUUACCGAAUUCUUUCAAGUUCUUCAGUCAUCUCUUACUAACUUACGUUCAGGGUUUGUGCAACAGAAAAAUAUGGAGACAUUCGAUAGCACCUCACUGGAAUCUUAA